AUGAGAUUCUACCUGUUUUGGUUGAUUUUUUCUGCUUUACUUGUCCUCAAUUAUGCAGGAAGAAUUGGAUUGAAAGAUGAUAGCGAACAUGGAAAAAAAGGUGGUCCAGACGCGGUAAAUGAAAACGACAAUAAUGAAGGAGGAAAGCCUGACGAAAAAGAGGAUAAAGAGGACUCAGAGGAAGGUGAAGAAGACGACGAAGAUGAUGACGAUGAUGACGAUGAAGAUGAUGACGAUGAUGAUGAAGAGGAAGGUGGAAAUAGCUUUGAAGACGGUGAAUACAAAGAGGAUGAUGAUAAAUUUACAGACGAAAUCAUGGGGGAAAAGAGUGAAAAUGGUGAUAUAAGUGGAGAUAAUGAUGAUGAAGAAGAAGACAAUGAUGGAGAGGAAGACGACAACGAUGACGAUGAAGGUGGUAUUGGUGAAGGUGGAGAUGAGGUUGAUGAUGGAGUAACAGGUGGUUCAGACGUGGCAAGUGAAAAAGAUACUAAUGAGGGAGAAAUGUAUAACAAAAAUGAUGAGAACUCAGAUGAAGGUGAAGAAGACGGUAAGGCUGAAAAUGUUGUCGAGGAAGGGGAGGAGGAGGAAGAAAAUGAUGAUGAUGAUAAAGAGGGAGAUGAAGAUAUAAAUGAAGAAGAUGAAGCUAAAGAGGAUGAUGAUCAGGUUACAGACGGAAACAUGCUGGAAAAUAGUGAAAAUGAUGCUGAAACUGAAGAUUUUGAUGAUGAAAAAGAAGAUGGAGACAAUGUUGGAGAGAAAGAUAACGGUGAAGAAGAUGCUGAAGAGAAUGAAGUCGACAAUGAACAGGAAAAGAAUGCGGAUGAUGGUAAAAGCAACGAAGGCGAUGGUGAAGGCGAAAAAGACAUGGUUAAAGAAGAUGGUGAACAUGAUGAAAAGGACGAUGAUGAAGGUGAAAAAGAAGAUGAAACUUCAGUUGAAAGUCUGCAGGAAAAGAAUGUAGGCGGUGAAGAAGGCGAAAAAGACAACAAAGACGAAGGAGACGAUGAUGAUGAAGAUAAGGAUGAAGAUGACGACGAUGAUGAUGAUGAGGAAGAAAAUGAGGAAGAAGAAACGGACGAUGGUGAAGAGGAAAGCAAUGCUACCCUUGAACUUGAGCAAAAAACGCAUCCAGAUGAUUCUGAUGGUGAGGUCAAAGUUGAUGAAGGAGAAGUAGACGACGAGGAAGAGGGAGAAGCUGAAGAUUAA